CCUACACCAACGAUGGCUACUCCCCAAGAACAAGCCGGGCUGGUCUACAGCACCGUCGAAGAGAUUCCCCAGAUCAAUGCCGAUCUCCGCAAGGUCUUUCUCACCCACAAGACUCGUGAUCUCGAGUAUCGCAAGAACCAGCUCAAGCAGAUGGCGUUCAUGAUCAAGGACAACGAGAACCUCCUCGUCGAGGCACUCAAAAAGGACCUCGGUCGUUCGCGCUUCGACUCCGUCUUUGGUGAGACGAUGCUCGUCGUCAACGAAAUCGUCGACACAAUCAAAAAUCUCGACAAGUGGGCCAAGUCUGAGCGCGUCUGGGCCGGUAUGGCUUGGCCCAUGCACUACCCGACCGUCCGCAAGGAGCCCAAGGGCACCGUCCUCGUACUGGGCGCUUGGAACUACCCCUUGAACGUGCAGGUUUCACCCGUCAUCUACGCCAUUGCCGCGGGUAACUGCGUGGUCAUGAAGCCCUCUGAGGUGGCUCCUCACUCUGCCAAGCUUAUCGCUGAGCUGUGGGGCAAGUACAUGGACCCCGAGACGUCGCGCAUCGUCAAUGGCGGCAUUCCCCAAGCCACAGCGCUGCUGGACCAGCGCUGGGAGCACAUCAUGUACACCGGCAAUGGUACCGUUGGCCGCAUCGUGGCUGAAAAAGCUGCCAAGUGGCUCUGCCCCGUCACUCUUGAGCUCGGCGGUAAAUCGCCUACCAUCAUCGACGAGACGGCCGACCUGGCAAAGACGGCACGAAGAGUCCUGUGGGGCAAGACUUUCAACAGCGGCCAGACGUGCAUCGCGCCCGACUACAUCAUGUGCACGCCCGCCGUGCAGACGAAGCUCGUCGAGGAGUUCAAGAAGGCCAGCAAGGAGUUCUUCCCCAAUGGACCGGCCAAGUCGGCUGACUUCUCCCGGAUCAUCAACGACGGCCACUGGAAGCGAAUCAACUCGAUGGUCACCGGUACCCGGGGUAAGGUUGUCCUGGGUGGCGACGGCGACCAAUCGACAAAGUACCUGGCCCCUACCAUCAUUGCCGAUGCGCCCCAGGAUGACUCGACCAUGAGCGGUGAAAUCUUUGGUCCCGUGCUGCCCAUCUGCACCGUCAAGAACAUCGACGAGGCAAUCGACUUUGUCAACAGCCGCGACCAGCCCCUCGUCCUCUACUACUUCGGUGACCAAAAGAAAGCCAAGAAGGUCCUCGACAACACGCGUUCGGGCGGCGCCGUUGUCAAUGACACGCUGCUUCACUUUGCCGUCGCCGAGCUUCCUUUCGGUGGCACCGGACCCUCAGGUUAUGGCAACUACCACGGAAAGGCUGGCUUCGACACCUUCUCCCACGACCGUGCCACGCUCAAUGCACCCGCCAAGGGCGUCGUCGGCUUCGCGAUUGAAAAGGUCAUGAGCAUGCGUUACCCGCCCCUGCGUGAUUCGGAUCUGGCCAAGUUCAAGCUCUUGUCAGGGAAGAGCAUCAACUUUGGCCGGCCGACGAACCCUCAUCAGAGUCCGUCCAGGAGCCGCGCCGCUCUCUGAGGUCCAAGCUCGCCAUCAUCGUCUUGCUCAUCUCGAUCGUCUUCGGUGCUCGUCAACGCGGCCUGCUCACUUUCUAAUUUGUCUACUUUCUAUGGCUUUUCUAGCCCUUUCGGAUACUUUGACACUCUGGAAUGAGAAGAAACUGGAUUUAUAC